AUUGCUGGGCACCUCACCACAAAACGUGCGCUGGGUCUAUAUCGUCUUAGGACUCCCUUCUCUUUUCCUCAAGUUGUUGCUUAGGAGGCCACCCCGGGAUCCAUAAAGAAAGAAGAGUCCUACCGAACAGGUUCAAAUCUGAGUUCCCCAAUGUAAGGCCGGGUUUGCAGGGAAAGCAAGGAGCAAAGUGAGUUUUCUGCAUCCCUUCUUUACCCCAGAAGUGUAACCAGCCGAGGAAAUCUACAAAUCUGUCUUUAUACUGAAAGUCCGCAAAGACUGGGGAGGUAAAUUAGGUAAAUUAUUAAAAAAAAAAAAAAAAGGUAAGUAAUUAUUAAAAGAAAAGAAAAAGGUAAAUUAUUAAAAAGAAUUAGAGUUAGGGUGAGGGUUAGGCAGGUAAAUUCGGGAAUUCCUCCUGAGUACCACAGAGCAGUCUGGAGUUUCCAGGCAUCCAUGUGGGCACACAGGGCAUUCCCACCGGCCCCUAGGAGACUCUAUUUAGAGGAUUACCUUGGAAUGAUGGAGGGUAUUUCUUGUGGAGUCACCGGGAAGGGGCAAGUGAAUGUGAGGUGCAGUGCAUGGAUAGGAGUUCAACGGCCUGUGUGUAAGGCAUUCUGAGCUUGGAGGAGGAAUGCACCCACACGCAGUGGCAAAACUGCAGUUCUGUGGUGCCAGUGACUGUAGAAGGUAGGAGGCAGAGUGGGUGGAGCUGGCUGGGGUCAGGGAAGCCCUGCGGGGAGGCGGGUUGGCAGUGGCAGCCGCUGGGCAAGGCCCCAAGCCCGCCCUGGAGGUAUUGUGGUCUUGCAAUGUGGCUGCACAAGGAGAUAACUAUUUCCAGGACGGAGGUGCUGACCUUUGCCAGAAUGCUUCGGGAGGCCUCCAGUCACCAAGCAAACUGCGGCCAUGACUGGCCUGAGGCAUUUUUCACCAACCUCGGAGACAGUGGUCUGGGACAGAGGUCAUCAAGGCGAAGUAGGAGCAGGAGCUUGGGGGUCAGCGCAGGGAGCCCCACUCAGGGCUCUUAGGUGGGUGCUGGGGAUUCUGUUUAUUCUGGAGUGGGUCUGGGGCAUGAGCUCUGAAGGCUUUAGAGGACCAGCUGAGACCACUCUCACUUAAGGCUGCAGACGUCUGGAGCACUUGCCUAGGGCUCCAGUAGAGGCUGUGGUCAUGGAGAAUGAAGAUCCCAACCAAUGGGGGCACGAUGGUACCCCUUCACAGACGCCCUCACUCAGGACAGAGGCCAGAGACUCAGCUCAAUUCAGGAACUUAGGCAGAGAGUUCAUGAUCAAGGUGAGCAAGCGCCGGUGGGCGGUGGUCCUGGUGUUCAGCUGCUACUCCAUGUGCAACGCCUUCCAGUGGAUCCACUACGCCGCCAUCAAUAACAUCUUCAUGUACUUCUAUGGGGUCAGUGCCUUUGCCAUCGACUGGCUGUCCAUGUGCUACAUGCUGACCUACAUCCCUCUGCUCCUGCCCGUGGCCUGGCUCUUGGAGAAGUUCAGCCUGCGGACCAUCGCUCUCCCUGGCUCUGCUCUCAACUGCCUGGGGGCCUGAGUGAAGCUGGGCAGCCUGAAGCCACAUCUCUUCCCAGUCACCGUGCUGGGUCAGGUCAUCUGCUCCAUGGCCCAGGUCUUCAUCCUGGGUAUGCCCUCCCGCAUUG